AAUCGAACUCUAUAGCUAACGACUUUCAAGUAUAAAGACUCAUUUCUUGUGUUAAUUCGCUAUGUUCGGGCGUGUUCUUCUCGUUCUCGGCGCGCUCGCUCUCCUGCACGCUGCUUUCUCCACGUACGAACACCUUUCGUACCUGAAAGCUCUUGGCAGGCUGGAAGAAUCAGUGCCCAAUGAUGUCACCUUGGAGGCCCUAGUCGGCUUGUUCUCAGGGAUCCUGGGAGCGUCAUUAGAUGCACCAGCUCUGAAGGAAAUUACCUGGGCGAGCGAGAUGAAGAAACGCACGAUCGAUGAAAUGGAUACGAGGCUCGGAUUUGCGAAUUGGGGAAACCGAGGUAGCUCUUUACUAGGGGAGAACUACGGCAAGAGUAAGUAGGAUGUACCGUGACUUGCACUCUGGAUGUCAGGAGGUCUCGAGGACCCCUUAAAGUACUAUAUUAUCUCUUCCCAUCGGUGGUCGCCCAUAUUCGCCGGAUAUAUAAUAUACCCUGCUGUAUCGUUGUCGACUUGAGACGACCAUGAAUC